AUGUUACGUGCAGAGGGAAUGACUAAUAACGGAUUUCAGAUUCCGUCUUCUGAUUACUUUUACAGUUGGAUUGUUUUCAACAUAAAUCAACUUAAGAAUAUACUACUUAGCUGGUUUAAGCCGUACGGACCCGAUAAUAUAGCAAGAGAAGAGCUCAGCAAAGCAGAAGCUACUACAGCUUCUAAUGCUCAACCACAACAUCGCGGUUCAGAUUUAUAUGAAACUUGGCCUAGCCAUGUUUACCAAUCUAUCCCUUGUGGUGAACAAAUUCAUCAGUCUCCUACAGCCUCUGCCUCCCAGCUGGUGCUUGGUCCUCAAAGUGUAUCUUCCACUUCUCCUGCCAUUCCAACUGAUAGAAGAUUUGAGGCAUUAACUACGAACUUCAAGCAGUGCGAGAUAUGGAAUGGAUCUGCUUACAUGAUCUCCCGCAAACCCUUUGACCCUAACGGAAGACCUUUCAAUCCUUUUGGCCCAAUCGAGCGACCCUUCCCACGUUUACCCUCUAGUGAUGAACUAGCAGAUUUGGGAUUUGCCUAA